AUGAUGAUCAGAGGGUUCAGGGAUUUGGGAGUGAAGCAAGAUAAUCCAUCUCCAAGCAGAAUUGCAUAUAUAGAAGGCCAGCGUAUAAGCCAGGCAUCAAUUGAUUUUCUCACUUUCUUAGUAAGGAAUGUUGAUGGUAAUAGGAGUAAAUUGCACUUUAGAGAUAUAUCACAAUUAAUGCCAAACGGAGAGAAUACAAUCUUGUUCAACAAUUAUGUAAGGUCAGACGGGUUUGCAAUCGACUUUGUAUUCAACAGACGACGCAAAGAUAGUACCGUUAGAUUACAUGACUUGACACUCCAAGAUUUUACUUAUAGUGAAGUUGAGAGUACUUCUAGGCCUACCUUUAUCAACCCUGGUAGGAAGUCUGUAAUUAUUGCGGCUGUUGGGUUGGGGGACUCCCAACAAAUAAGAAGAUGUAGUACGAAAGAAUAUUACACUAUGACUGGAUCCAAAAACUAUCAGAAAAAGAUGGAAAGGCUAAAAAAUGAGUGA